AUGUCGACCCCAACCACAGCAACGGCCACGCUCCCACCGCACUCUCAUUAUCGUCACAACCAUUAUCCCUACGCCCACCAUACCCAUCCCCACGCCAGCCAGGCCUACCAGACCAGCACCCCCAGCGGCGGCCCUGCAUCUUACCACCGCGCAGCGCCCACCGCGAGCAACCCUAUCCUCCCCACCCCUUCCUCGACCGCCGCCUCGAGUACGACGACGACGACGACGACAACAACAACAGCUCGACUGCCUCCCAUUCCCUAUCCUGCGCCCGGCCAGAUCGAGUACUCGACGGCCUCGCCGCCCGACAUCAAUAAUCACGCGGCCGCCUCGCUGUCAAAUGAUGUAGCCCAGCCUGCAUCCAACGCUGCCAUUCCCAGAUCUGCCGCUCACCACCACCACCACCAUAACCACCAUAACCACCACCACCACACGUCGAGACCCGCGCCCCGAUCCGACGCCGCCUACAACACCAGCACCAUGCCGACCACCACCACACAUACCCAGUCGUCUGCUCAGCAGCCGUCGUCGGCGACGAGGAAGAGGCGGCGCUCCCAGGCCCCCGAUUGGGACAAGUUCUACCAAAACGGGCUGCCCAAAGAGAUCAUUGUCAUCGAGGACAGCCCGGAGCCUGGCCAGGCGCCCAAUCAUGGCGUCAAGGUCAUCGCCACAGCUGCCGCGGCCGCUGUGAACGGCACCGCCGCCGCCAACGGUGCCGCCGCUCGCCAUGUCGCCAAGCGUCGAAAGCGUGACGACGAACCCCAGCCGUACGACCCCAUCUAUCACAACAAGUACGCCGGCUCUCACGCACACACGCCGCAGAACCACUCGACCCCGAGUGGCUCCACCAUUUCCACCGACAGGACCACCAGCUCGGCUCAUCACACAACCGCCGCCACCUCGCUGUCGUCGUCGAACGGCUACCACGAAGACACCCAGGCCGGCCAAAAGAGGAAAAGAACCACCCGCCAGCAGCUCGCCCAAGAGGCGAAGAAGCGGGAGCUCGAGGCCCUCAGCGACACAUGUCCCAGCUACAGGCCUCCGCCCUACCCUCCCAAGAAGGCGCCCGACGUCCAUGUCCGCGUCAUCCACGAUCAUCCCUAUAACAAGAACAGCAAGGUCGACGACGACGACGGCCACUAUGUCGUCGUCCCCGACGCCGACCUCACGGACAAAUAUCAAAUGGUCCAGCUGUUGGGUCAGGGCACGUUUGGCAAAGUCGUCAAGGCCCGCGACCGUCGGAGGAACAAAAUGGUCGCCAUCAAGAUCAUUCGCUCCGUCCAAAAAUACCGCGACGCCUCCCGCAUCGAACUGCGUGUGCUGGCCACCCUCAAGGCCAACGACGACGAAAACCGCAACCGCUGUAUUCAUUUGCGGGACUGCUUCGACUUCCAGGGCCACAUCUGCAUUGUCAUGGACCUGCUCGGCCAGAGUGUCUUUGAUUUCCUCAAGGGCAACAACUUUGUGCCCUUCCCCAACAGCCAGAUUCAAAGCUUCGCCCGUCAACUGUUCACCAGCGUGGCCUUCCUCCAUGAUUUGAACCUCAUCCACACGGAUCUGAAGCCCGAGAACAUUCUUCUCUGUGACAACACAUAUCAGACAUUCACGUACAACAGGAAGAUUCCCUCUUCGUCGUCGACCGUCAAUCGACAAGCGAAUCAGAGGAGGGUGCUCUUGGACACGGAGAUUCGACUCAUCGACUUUGGCUCUGCCACGUUCCAAGACGAGUACCAUUCCUCCGUCGUGUCGACACGGCACUACCGCGCGCCCGAGAUCAUCCUGGGCCUCGGCUGGUCUUUCCCUUGCGACAUUUGGAGCAUCGGCUGCAUCCUCGUCGAGUUCUUCACCGGCGACGCGCUCUUCCAGACGCACGAUAACCUGGAGCACCUCGCCAUGAUGGAGAUGGUCUGCGGUUCGAGGAUCGACACGCAUCUCGUCCAGUCGGUCAGCAAGAUGGCCCAGAGGAGCGCAGGAAACCCUGCUGCCAAGUACUUUAAGCGGUCCAAGUUGGACUAUCCCACGACAGACACUACGCGGGCGUCGAGGCGAUUCGUCAAAGCCAUGAAGCACCUGACGGAAAUCAUCCCGUCCAACAACACGUUCUUCCGGAACUUUUUGGACUUGCUGCGAAAGAUCUUCAUCUACGACCCGGCGCACCGCAUCACGGCGAAGGAAGCCCUGAACCAUCCGUGGUUCAAGGAGCCGGCGCAACCCGACGACGGCACAGAGGCGGCUAAGAUUCGCCUGGAGCGGACGAGGAUGGAGCAAGAGAUUGCUCGCCUGCCCCACAUGCACGCGUGA